AUCAAUCGAGCCAAAUGUUCGCUAUCUUACCUCUAUCGUCAAUCUCCAUCUCGAACUCAAAGCCGAAUAUAUAACACCUGAAAGCAUGACUGUAUACCGCCUACCGACUCAGUCUAGAACCGUGGCCGUCGAGAGAGAUGAAACAGAACAUAACGGGGAGACAGGGAAAAUCAAAUGCACAGCGCAUGCUUAGCUAUCCUAUUCAACCUACGGUCUAUCAGACCUCGGUGGAAGAAGCUGUGCCAGGUCAACUAGGAGAUCCAGUCUGCCACGGUUGGCUAUUACCGCGGCCUCCAUCAGCUUGCCCGCGUGAGAAACGGAUUGAUGGACACUGUAGAGCCUGUGGUCGACAGUACGACUGCAAGGUAUCUAACACGGACACCGAACCAAUUUGUUCUACUUCGAGAAUCGGGCUUGGGGUAAAUAUCCUGGGAUUCGUGGACAGGACAGACCUCUUUAGGGGCGUAAUCUUCGUGGCUACACCCACGAAGCAUGGCUCUUGACUCUGCAGGGCACCCAGAGGCCAUUUCUAAACGCCCCAUGGCCAUUUCAUACCUCUACGGGAUCCAUCAAUCUACCUCGCAUCAUCAUCGCUACUUGACGGCCAUGCAGCGCUCACUAUGGCACAACGGCAGGCCACCCAUCGAUCAUCGUCUAAAUUUGAAAGAGCCAUCGUCGAUGGUCCGGAGUAU